AAUCCACCGUUCCUGUCCAUUGUUUUUACCCAAUAAUCUCCAUGGUUUUGCUAUACAAUGACAUUGCCCCAUUUUUAGUCUGCCCUUAGACGGCAGCCAUAAACGCGUAAUUCAAAGGUCAAAAAAAAAACCCUGUCAGUAAUUCUUGCUUCCAGAUCUCCGCUAUCGCACGUACUCCCUCAACAGUCAGUUUCCUUAACCAACAAAAAAAAAAGUCACCCCAGAUCUGUCAUUAUAUUCUUUUCCUUCUCGGCCCUUUCUUUCAUUCUCUUUAUUUUUCUUCUUCCAUUUUUCUUUUACUUCUUACUAUUUAGUUUCAGCUUUUUUUUUUCUUCUGAAAAGAUAUGGAUUCUGAGCAGCGUCGGAAGCGGAAGAGAAUCUACAGGCCCUACUCACGGACUCGGUUUUUGUCAGUAAGCAAGAUUGUUCAAGCAGAAAUGUUGGAUUGUGUUUACAACAAAGUUUUCAAUGAUUCUAGUGAAGUAAUUGAGGAGAUUAAAGAUAAGGAGAUUGUCUACCAAGGGGUUCUGUCUAUUGAUGAAUAUGAUGGGUUUAGAUCGAUUGUUAGGUGCCCUCUCCCACCUCUGAAUUAUUCGGCCACUGUAGCUUUGAGGCGGCGAGGAGAUGGGGUUUAUCAUAAUUGGUCUUUGAGGGGUAAUCAGACGGUUCACUCAUGGGAUAGAAUGGUUUAUGAAGCAGCAUUGGAUGGGAAAACUGCGGUUGUUUUUGUUAAGGGGUUGAAUCUUCGACCCCAUAAAGAAUCCGAUCCUGCCCAGUUCAGAUGCCAGUUUGGUUCGGGGAAUUGGGAUAAAGAUGAAGGGUUCGUGCUAAUGACUGAAGCAGUAGCGGCUGCACAAGAGGUUGUUAGGUGUUCGUUGCCCAGGAGUAUAAGAAAUAAUCCGGAUAAGGUUCAGGGAAUUCGGGUCACUGUUGUCCAUGGUGGUGAGAGUGGUGCCGAACAUGUGCCAAUGACAUCUGCGGUUAGUAUUCACAAUACCGGAUCCUAUGAGCACAGGAGGAAGCAAAGAAGGCAUAAGAAUCUGCCUAUGCCUUCUGUGGCUAAACUAUACAAUUCAAAGUCCUACCAGAAGAAAAGGAAGAGGGAGAAGUAUGAGCUCUGCGCCUGCACUAUGCUCUGGAACCAGGCACCGGCACUGCGGGAGUGGAUUAUGUACCAUGCCUGGCUAGGGGUUGAGCGGUGGUUCAUUUAUGACAAUAAUAGUGAUGAUGGAAUUCAGGAAGUUAUUGAAGAGCUUGAUUUUCAAGAUUAUAAUGUGAGCAGGCAUUGCUGGCCAUGGAUUAAAACCCAAGAGGCAGGGUUUUCGCACUGUGCUUUGAGAGCAAGAAAUGAGUGUAAAUGGGUAGGAUUCUUUGAUGUUGAUGAGUUCUACUACUUCCCUCGUCACCACCGGAGAGCUUUACUGGGUCAAAAUUUACUAAGAUCCCUGGUUGCUAAUUACUCUUCAUCUAGGACAAUUGCAGAAAUAAGAGCAGCUUGCCACAGCUUUGGGCCAUCUGGAUUGAGCUCAACUCCAUCACAAGGAGUAACUGUAGGUUACACUUGCCGACUGCAAAGCCCAGAGCGACACAAGUCUAUUGUGCGCCCUGAUUUACUCAAUGAUUCUCUUCUCAAUGUUGUGCACCACUUCCAGCUGAGAAAGGGAUUAAGAUACCUGAAUGUGCCUGAAAGUUCUAUCAUAAUAAACCACUACAAGUACCAGGUAUGGGACACCUUUAGAGCAAAGUUCUUUAGAAGGGUUGCAACCUAUGUUGUUGACUGGCAAGAAAACCAAAACCAAGGGUCCAAGGACAGAGCGCCUGGGCUUGGAACUGAGGCCAUUGAACCACAUAAUUGGCGACUACAGUUCUGUGAAGUCUGGGACACCGGUAUGAGGGACUUUGUCCUGACAAAUUUUGCUGAUCCUGCCACUGGAGGCUUACCCUGGGAGAAGGCUCUUUUGCAACAAUACCAAACUUGAUUGCUUGUAGGUAAUGACACCAGAAAAAAUUCAUUCUUUUCAUUGUUUUUUGCAUUCUUAUCUUAUUAUUAUUUUUUUAUAGAUAUGAGAUCAAUUGAUUAUAGGGUUCUUACACAGCUGUAAAUUUUGUGAUGAUGAAAUGACUAUUUUUUCUCUCUUUCAUUCCUAUACUAGUUCACGAGUUAUUGAUGAUUUUUCCUGUAGUUUAUUUCUGUUAAAGUGGCUACUUGUGCAGCAUCUUCAUGUUUUCCUGCAGAUGAGAUGAAAUACUAUAGAACAUAACUUACUAACAAUUGAAUAAAUUUAAGGGAAAACUUUUGAUAAAAUAUGUUGGAAAAACUCAAUUCUAUUUCAAUAAUAAGAACAGGAUGAUGAACUUCAGUGCAUGAUGUAAAAUGUUUCUGAAUAUCUUCUGUUCAAAAUAACUGCAUCCUUUAUGUAUUAUAUAGAGUGCGGUUAACUCGUUCAUUUGUAGCUUCCUGGAAGCUGGAAGUUUAGCAUAUUACAAAAAAACGCAUGAUAUGCUUUUCAAGCACAGCCUACAGGACUACUCCCUACAGCUAAAAAAUAUGCCAUUGGAAGUUUUGAAGCAUCAUGGCAUAAAACAGAACCCUUUACGAGAAUACUAGGGCAUUUGUUGUUUAAUAAGAAAUUUUCAACCACAUAUCCAAUAAGGUUUCAACGCAACGCAUCGGAAAUUGGCAAUAGAAUUUUCAGGGACCAGCUAAAAAUUGAAUUAUUAAUUACAUGACUGCAUGUAGGUCCUGCAUCCUGAAAACAUCACUGCCUGGGAAACCAAAAAAUCCAAAAACAUGAACAAAACACCUUAAAACUCAGAGAGAUGGAGAACAAAAUCCACAAAGUAGAGAAAACAAACAACCAAAAUAGCAUAUUAAAAAAAUUUUGAAAAAAAUAGACCAGAUGAGCAUGCAUGCAUGCAGUUUUUAUUUAUGUUUUCAUAUAUUGAGUGGUUGAGCAGGAUUUUUGUGUUUGUGAACCAAGAUGUGCAAUUUUGCAGU